CAGCAAAAUCAACGGAUCGGAUGCCAAAACGAUGUCGUUUCUCAUUGUCACCGUUAUAAAUAUAAGCACGAGUGGAAAUUGGACAGGACAGAAGAGAAGAAAGAUGCCGAAUGGGUGCGAGAUCUGUUGCGAAAUACUGAUCGCCGUUCUCAUCCCUCCGCUCGGGGUUUGCUUCCGGCACGGCUGCUGCAGUACGGAGUUUCUGAUAUGUCUGAUCCUGACGAUUCUGGGGUACGUGCCGGGGAUAAUAUACGCGCUGUACGCCAUAGUGUUGGUGGAUAGGGACCAUUUCUUCGACGAGUAUCGUCGUCCUCUCUUCUCCCCCAAUCCCUCUUCUCCCUGACUUUCCUUUUUUCCUUUUUUUUUAUUGUCUCCAUUUCCUUUCACUGGUGUGCUUUUUGACCAAUGUCCUGUCCUUGAUCUUCCCGUUUCGUUUGUCCCUCAAGCUUGUUGUGUAACCAAGUUCUGUUCCAUUGAUCACGAUUUCGCCUUCUAUC